AUGGGGGCUUUGCAUCCCAACUUCACCAUUAUGAUAGCCCCCUACUUCCAGUCUCAGGUCAGUGUGGAUCCCAUGCGAGGCAACCUUAAUAUCACAGCAGUCACUGUGGCCAGCUCUGGCAUUUACACCGUGGAAAUCUUCCCCUUGGGGAGUUCCGUGCAGAAGGCAAACAUCACCCUUAGAGUCUACGAGGAGGUGGGCAACGUCUCUGUGACUCCACCUUCGGCAGAGGCAACAGAAGGAGAUGAAUUUGUCGCCUUCAACUGCACCCCUGUCCGAGGUUCAGUCUCCUGGACUAAAGAUGGAGAGAGUCUGAGUGAACACCCCCGAUAUUUGCGCUCUGCUGGCUACCUACGAAUCGGGCACCCAGUACGAACAGACGCUGGCACUUACCGUUGCAUCAUCUCCAACCCUUUUGGCAACGGGACUGGCACUGCUAAUCUUACGGUCUACUAUGGCCCAGAGACGCCAGUCAUCACCAUCUCAUCAUCAGACGGGGAUUCUGACACAGGGAGCUUUGUCCUCGUGAACAGUACUGUGAACUUAACCUGCCUGGCACCAUCUGAACCCCCAGCAAACAUUUACUGGAAUGUGGCAGAUACUGAAGACUUUUACGUACCCUCCAUGCCGGUUCUAUACCUCCCUCGAGUCCAACUGAGUCAGGCCGGGAUGUAUUCCUGCCUGGCCAUCAACCAGCAUACCCAACAACGGGUUCGGAACACUCGCCAUCUUAACGUUGCCCAAAAACCACCUGGGUCUCCUCGCUGCUCUGUGACUUUGGCAGAUAACGGCACUGCUUUGCUUUUCAACUGUUCCUGGCCUGGGGGUUUCCCGGCUCCCCGCUUAAGCUUCCAAGGGCUCCCAGGACAUGGGGAGGAAGUCAGUGGGUUCAACUUGUCGCGUCGGCUGGCCUCUCCACUCCCAGCAGGACUCAACGGCAGCCUGGUGACCUGUCUGGGAAGUCAUUUGACCGCACGGGGCAACUGUAGCAUCAUUCCAGAAGCACCCUCCGGGGUUUCUCUGUCAUUCAAGACCUACAGCAACAUCAGUGGUCCAGUUACAGUGGAACUACAUUGCCAAGGCACUUUUAACCCUGUGGAGAUCAACUGGUAUCUGGAUAACCGGUCAUUGGUUCUCAUUAGCAGCCUUUCGGAGCUGAGCCCGGACAGGACUCAUCUUACCAUCCGAAACUUCACUGCCCCACAGGACUUGGGGGAUUACAGUGUCAUCUGCUCCAAUCCAUUGGGAUCUCAGCGUGCCAACCUCACACUCACUGGUCCUUCCAUCUCCAACUGGACUUUGUCCCAUGGGCCCCAUCCUGGUUCUGUCCAUCUGGCUUGGACCAUUCCCAACGGAUCAGUGGUGACCAGCUUUUGGAUCCAGAUGCAGAGCCCUAAUCAACGCCGUUCUGCUGACGGGUGGAAGACAGUAGAAGUCCUGGAAGCUGUUAAUCGAUCCGCCACUAUUAUGGGGCUCCAGUCCCAAACUCUCUAUUCCUUCCGAAUGGUGCCUUGGCUUGGAUCCCAGGCUGGGAAUGCUUCUCAUGUUCAAAUUCUCCAGCCACCAGGUACAAGCUUGAGCGCAGGCGCCAUUGCUGGCAUUGUGAUUGGUUCAAUUUUGGGGAUGCUUCUGGUCUUAGUGCUCCUAUUUCUCCUCAUUUGGCUGACCUGCCAUCGGAGAGCAAGCGACCAGAAAGUUCCACCUGAGAACCAACAGCAUUAUUUAUCACGCCAGUUUCCAAAUGGUGACAAGAUGGAACCCUAUGACCCCUCUUGGGGAAAUCCCCGCUGGUCGUCGGGUGAUUCAGACAUCUAUGCCAUUACCUACGAGAAACAUCUUUUCAAGUACGGGCAUCCAACCACUUUGCCCAUCAGUACCAUGGACAGCAGCUCCCCCCUUCCGGCUGUGCACCGUGGCCCCAGGAAUGUACGCAGUGCUACCCAGGUGUGAUGCCAGGAAGACCCAAUGAGGGACUUUGACUUGAACCAAGCUCGUUGCCAAGAUGUGGCCACCAAUAAGGGACCUGGCCAUCCAAAGAUAAAACCAGGCCUUCUUCUCGUGGUGCGUUUUUUUUUUCCAACAAGGAACGAAUUGUUGGGCAUCAGACCCAAGCUUCUGAAAUUAGAACCUUGUUUUCCUGGAAUAACAAAAGUAUGAAACCAGGAAACUGGGCCUAUGAGAUGUGGACUCAAUAUUUGUUGCAGUGACCCAGCCUAGUCAGGGAAGAGUUACAGAGACUCAGUAUCAAAGAGGAUUCAUUUUAUAGAUCCUGGAUAUAAAGAAUUACUUCUGGCAUUGUGGGCUGUGCUUUGUGGCCACGCUUAAAAGGAUCUCUUGAAAUGGUGCCCUUGACUUGACUUGUUGGCAUGAAACAAAAGGGUUUUCUGCUUCAUAGAUAAUAUGUGGACAAAGAACCCUAAGCUUGCCUUCUAGAAGGGGAUGCUGUGAAUAAGAGCGCCGAUGAUAUAUGGAAAAACUUUGGCUUAGGAAGCAGCUGGAGCGGUGACCUCACUGGGGAGGUAUCACACCCCAUUUCUAGAGCCUUGAAAACUAUCAGGAAUGACCUCCUAUUUUUGGGCAUGACUGAAAAUGGUGGCACUUCCUCCUUGAAUCUGGGAGAGGGUUUGAAGAAGGUAUUAUUUUGUCUUUGAGGUGGCAAGGAGAAAGCAGAGGUGGAAGGGGCCUCGUGGAUCAUCCAGUCCAGCCCCUGUCAAGGAGGCAUAGUGGGGAAUUGAACUCCCAACCUCUGAUUCUGAAGCCACAUAUCUAAACCACAGAGCUAACCAGCAGUUCUCUCCACUCGUUUCAUCCUUUUCCUGUGAGUAAGAGCAACCACAAAAUUAUUCUCCUCUCCCCCACGAGGGCAAGAUAUUUACCAGUGUUCUUCACAAGAGAAGAGGUGAGAAUCUUGGAAGUGACCCUUUCAUGCACAUUGCACAAAAUAAUGAUGGCCAAUAGCUUUGUUACAUCAAAAUUUAAGGUUUAGAAG